AUGCCUGAGCUCGCGGAAAUCCACCGCAUCGUGCAUUUCAUUCGCCAACACUUGGUUGGGAAGACGCUGUCCAAAGUCCAAGCCCAAGAUGACACGAUUGUAUUCGGAAAAGUCGGCACAAGUGCCUCUGAAUUCCAACAAGCAAUGCAAGGGAAGAAAAUUGUGGGAGCCGGCCAGCAAGGGAAAUAUUUCUGGAUUACAAUGUCUUCACCACCACACGCCGUGAUGCACUUCGGAAUGGCUGGGUGGUUAAAGAUCAAAGAUGCCGACACAUACUACUACAGAAGUGACAAGCCCGCUGAUAAGGAAUGGCCUCCUAAGUACUGGAAGUUCUUGAUGGAGACCAGUGAUGAGCUCAAAACCGAGGCUGCAUUCGUUGAUGCCCGUAGACUUGGUCGCAUCAGGCUUGUUGAUUGUCCGGCUGAUGAGAUUCGGAACUACACCCCACUGAAGGAGAAUGGCCCUGAUCCAGUUACCGAUAAAGAUAUUGUCAAUGAGGCUUGGUUGAUGGAGAAGCUGAGGAAGAAGAAAGUGCCUAUCAAAGCUCUUUUGCUGGAUCAGGCUAAUAUUAGCGGAAUUGGGAAUUGGAUGGGUGAUGAAAUUCUGUAUCAUGCCAAGAUACACCCAGAGCAAUACAGCAAUACUUUGAACGACGAUCAAAUCAAAGCGCUACACUCUUCUAUCCACUAUGUUUGCUCUACCUCAAUUGGUGUAUUGGCAGAUUCAGAGAAGUUCCCUGAUCACUGGCUUUUCAAACAUCGGUGGGGCAAGGGAAAGAAGAACGCGCCAGCAGUCCUUCCAAACGGCGAUAAAAUCACUUUCCUUACAGUCGGAGGUCGGACCAGUGCCGUUGUUCCAGCUGUACAGAAUAAGACCGGUGCCGUCGCCAAGGAAAUCGACGAGGAUGCUACAAAUGGAACGCCAGCUACAUCUGGACGUAAACGUGCUGCUCCGAAAAAGGAAGAGGGUUCAGAAGCAGAAGAUGCUCCGAAGGGUAAGAAACGAGGGUCACUCAAGCAAAAGAGACCAGCCGUGAAGAAAGAGGAGGUUGAAGAGGAGGAGGAGGAGGAGGAGGAGACGAAACCAGCUACAGUGGGUAGAAGACGAUCUACCCGUAUGAAGUAA